AACACGCACGGCCAUAAGCAGUGAAUAAUUUUCAUGUAAAACUAGUGAAAAACUUGCGAUUUGAUUGAUUACAAACGUUAUAAUGGCAAAAACGCCGAAAACACCGAAACGGUACUUCGAUGUUGCCGCAAAAGAGGCAACCAGAAAUAAGAGCAAAUCCAGCAAUGGCACCAAGGGGUCCGUCGAUGCGCCGUCGGGGAAAAAGGAGAAACAUAAAAACAAACGUGAAUUCAAAUCGGAUUUAGAUGGAAUGAAAGUUAUCACAGUGAAUGACAAACAGGUGCAUCGAUAUGGUGGUAAGAAUAAGGGUCAGCGUAAGAAAUUGCUGGAAAUUCCGGUGGAUCCAGAAGCACUGAAACGGCAUUCCCGCGGAGAAGGGCUUGAUGUUAAGGGUGUGAAAACAAAGUUUCAGAAAAUUCGGCAAAAGCGACAUGAGCUCAACAUUGAUUUUGCCACAGAGCAAGCAGCGCGAGCGGAAAUUUUGCUUAAUGAAGAUGAAGGCUACCUGGAAGUUGAUGACGAUGAGCUAACCACAGAAGUUAGCCAAGCAGAAAUCGUCAACAACGUAGAUAUUACAACCGCUGCCAAAUACUUCAAUCUGCAGUUGGAGUUCGGGCCAUACCGAAUGAAAUAUACGAAAAACGGCAGCUAUUUGUUGCUGGGAGGUAAAAAGGGUCACGUAGCAGCGUUCAAUUGGGUUAAGAAAUCGUUGUUGUGCGAAAUGAAUGUAAUGGAAUCGGUUCACGACGUGGCUUGGCUAAUGAAUCAAACUAUGUUCGCCGUUGCUCAGAAAAACUGGGUUCAUGUGUACGAUAGCAAAGGCACCGAAAUUCAUUGCAUCAAAGGAAUGAAUCGAGUUUCGAGAUUGGAAUACUUACCGUAUCAUUUUUUGCUAAAUUCGGCUAAUGAAGAGGGAUACCUUUCCUGGAUGGACGUCUCGAUUGGCCAAACUGUCACGACUUACAAUACAAGGUUAGGCAAGAUAAGUAUGAUGUGUCAAAAUCCAUGGAAUGCAGUAACAUGCGUGGGCAAUUCAAAAGGAGUUGUGUCCAUGUGGUCUCCCUCAGUACGCGAACCUUUGGCCAAAAUGCUCUGCCAUUCGAUGCCAUUGACGGCACUUGCUGUCGACCCUACUGGAAUUCAACUGGCAACCGCCGGCCUGGAUAGGACCAUCAAAAUAUGGGACAUACGUCAACUGGAAGGACCACUUAUUACCUACAAAAUGCAAACAGCUGCCUCUGGAAUCGAUCUUUCACAGAAGGGACUGAUGGCCAUCUCGAUGGGAAAUAUUUGUGAAAUUUAUAAGAAGCCAAGUGUUAUGCAACGAGAUCUUCGGCCGUAUUUACGACAGAAGGCACCAUCUACAAUUUCCAAUUUCCGAUUCUGCCCCUAUGAAGACAUUCUUGGAAUUGCUACUGCAACCGGUUUCACGUCAAUCAUCGUACCUGGCGCGGGUGAACCCAACUUCGAUACAAUGGAGGCCAAUCCCUUCCAAACGCUAUCACAACGUCGUGAAGAAGAAGUGCACAGUUUGCUGGAGAAGAUCCCGUCCGAAUUCAUUGCGCUCAACCCUACCCAAAUUGGCGAAGUCGAUGUGCCUUCUUUGAAAGAUCGACUGGAAUCGAAAUCCAAGCUGCUGACAGUGAAAGUACCGACGAUCGAUUUCGAACCCAGAACGAAGCAGCGGAUGUCAAAGGCAAAACGAUUCAAAAAUAAACAGAAGGUAAAGGAAGUGUUACGCAACGAAGCAAUCCAGAGCAUCAAGGAAGCCAAGGAGUCACUCAAACAGGAAGCCGUGGUUCCAACAGCUGUCGAUUUUAUUCCACUGGAAUCGAAGAGCGUGCUGGAUCGCUUCCGAGAUAAGAAAAUGAAGAAAAAGUAAAUGCUUUUAGAAGUGGUAUUUUGUAUUUUUAAAUUU